GAGUCAGUCAGGCCGGGUCGGUGGCUGCAGAUGGAGGCGCCAUGGGCUGCGGGAGCCUGGAGCCGGCGGCUGAGGGAAGCCGACCACCGAGGCACCGAGUGCAGCAGGCCCGAGUCCGGCUCAGAGGGUGACAAUCUGCAGGAUUGUCAUUCAUCUUCCAGCCUCCCUUACCUCACCAUCGCAGGACUGGAGACCACAGAUCCAGAGACUGGAGGGAUUUUGGGAAGUUUUUCCAGCUAUAUUGAUCAGUCCAUAAUCUCCAUUAUUGAGGAUACAUCACAAACAGAGAUUAAACCACAUCUGGAUGAGGAGAAUGAGGCAACACUGCUGACGGCCCUGACUGAGAUACUGGACACCUUCGAUGAUGAAAAUGCCUCACCCUUUGAUUCAAUUCCUGACUCUGAGAUAUUUGCCUUACCAAAGGGUGAGCUGGGGUGCUCUCUGGUUGGGCACCAGUCGUAUGCCAUGCUUCCGGAUUCGGGAAAGGAACCUUGUGGGCACUUGAUCCCAGCUGCUGUCAAGGGUCCGAAUGCCCUGUGGCGAUCAGAGAAGCCGGUGAGCAGAAGCUUUGGAGAGGAGAUUUUGCAGCAACGUAGCGAUGGUGAAGAGGAGGAGGAGGAAGAGGAUCUGAUCAGUAAUGGUCAGGGUAUAUCAGAGUCAGGCAGUGAACUGCUGCACUUGCAAGCAGUUGAACAGCUCAAUACAGCUGGGUUGGAGAGCAAUGUAACGCUUGUAAUUGGGCCGAAUUUGCCAUGUGGUUACAAUGUUGAGCAUGCUUCACUGUCUGACCUGGUCAAGUAUAUUCAGCCUUACUGUUUGCCCAAUGGGGUCUUAUGCCUGGAGACAAGCACAGACUCAGUAGGCAGUACGAUCGAACUAGAAGUUCAGGUGGUCCAGGAGGGUGAGCUACCAAUGGUGCUGUGCGAGAACGGUGAAUGCCUGAUGGAAGCAAAAGGUGAGAGUGGCAAGGGGCGGGAUGCUGAAGAGUCCAUGCUAGCCAACGACUCUGGCCCAGAGAACCUGCCACAAACCUCAAAGCAACAAGAAGCCUUGCCUGCCCCCUCAGUGCAUCUGGAGGAUCCCCCAAUAGCCUCCUUAAGGAGGAGAGGGCGGCCGAGAAAAACAGCAAAACCCACCGAGACCCCGGUUAUUGGAGUCCAGCAGAACAUCACUGAAACACCUCGUACACGCUCGAGCCUCCAGACACGGCUUCAAGCAGCAGAGAACAAGAGGAAAUCCUCCACUGAGGCUCAGCCACUGCUGGCACACAAGAAACAGGGACAAAUGGCUGUUCCUUUACAAGAAUCGAGACUUUUAGCCCAGCAGAUGCAAGAGAUGGAACUUGGCAUGAGGAGAAUCCAAACCAGAGGGAGAGCUGCUGCCAGGAGAGAGAGUAGGCAAGGGGCUACAGGCAUCAACAUUGGACAGGGCCCAAGAAAACCAUCAUCUGAGACCCAGUCUACACUGAGCGGCUGGAGCUUUUCCCAGGCAGAGGAAGAGGCAAUGGAGCCGCAUCCUGGGUCUGGAGAGACUGGUGCAAAACAGGCCAUACGCCCUGAGCAACCACUGGGCAAUGAGCCCUCCCUGACGCCCCGGGCAACCGAGUCCGCACCGACGCCCUGGGCAACCGAGUCCUCCCCAGCACCCCGGGCAACCGAGUCCGCACCGACGCCACGGGCAACCGAGUCCGCCCCGGCGCCCCGGGCAACCGAGUCCUCGCCGACGCCCCGGGCAACCGAGUCCUCGCCGACGCCCCGGGCAACCGAGCCCUCGCCCACGCCCCGGGCAACCGAGCCCUCGCCCACGCCCCGGGCAGCCGAGCCCUCGCCCACGCCCCGGGCAGCCGAGCCCUCGCCCACGCCCCGGGCAGCCGAGCCCUCGCCCACGCCCCGGGCAGCCGAGCCCUCGCCCACGCCCCGGGCAGCCGAGCCCUCGCCCACGCCCCGGGCAGCCGAGCCCUCGCCCACGCCCCGGGCAGCCGAGCCCUCGCCCACGCCCCGGGCAGCCGAGCCCUCGCCCACGCCCCGGGCAGCCGAGCCCUCGCCCACGCCCCGGGCAGCCGAGCCCUCGCCCACGCCCCGGGCAGCCGAGCCCUCGCCCACGCCCCGGGCAGCCGAGCCCUCGCCCACGCCCCGGGCAGCCGAGCCCUCGCCCACGCCCCGGGCAGCCGAGCCCUCGCCCACGCCCCGGGCAGCCGAGCCCUCGCCCACGCCCCGGGCAGCCGAGCCCUCGCCCACGCCCCGGGCAGCCGAGCCCUCGCCCACGCCCCGGGCAGCCGAGCCCUCGCCCACGCCCCGGGCAGCCGAGCCCUCGCCCACGCCCCGGGCAGCCGAGCCCUCGCCCACGCCCCGGGCAGCCGAGCCCUCGCCCACGCCCCGGGCAGCCGAGCCCUCGCCCACGCCCCGGGCAGCCGAGCCCUCGCCCACGCCCACGCCCCGGGCAACCGAGCCCUCGCCCACGCCCACGCCCCGGGCAACCGAACCCACCCCGACGCCACCAUUUCCUGUCUCUAACUCAUCAUCUCCCACAGUCCUCGAAAUCGCUGGCAAUGAACCCAAACUGCGACCAAUCAGCCUUGAGCAGUAUCGAUUACGACUCCAGCAGCGGAAACAAGACGGUGUCUUCUCUGCACAUGAGAAGCCAUGGAUCAGCCUUGACCCUGGCUGCAAGAAUGCUUGGCCCGUUGUCCCCAUUCAGUCCAUCGUCCAUGGGGAGCUCAGCGUUCUGCCAUUGGAAACCACUGGGCAUGUGGUCAACAAACAGUCUAAGAGGCAUAAUGGGCAGCCUUUGUCCCCUCCCGCCCAAACUCUGGCCCCUCCCGCCCAAACUCUGGCCCCUCCCGCCCAAACUCUGGCCCCUCCCGCCCAAACUCUGGCCCCUCCCGCCCAAACUCUGGCCCCUCCCGCCCAAACUCUGGCCCCUCCCGCCCAAACUCUGGCCCCUCCCGCCCAAACUCUGGCCCCUCCCGCCCAAACUCUGGCCCCUCCCGCCCAAACUCUGGCCCCUCCCGCCCAAACUCUGGCCCCUCCCGCCCAAACUCUGGCCCCUCCCGCCCAAACUCUGGCCCCUCCCGCCCAAACUCUGGCCCCUCCCGCCCAAACUCUGGCCCCUCCCGCCCAAACUCUGGCCCCUCCCGCCCAAACUCUGGCCCCUCCCGCCCAAACUCUGGCCCCUCCCGCCCAAACUCUGGCCCCUCCCGCCCAAACUCUGGCCCCUCCCAUUUUACCCCAGCCUAUCCAGGCCCUGACCUCACCUGAAAUACUGACCCUGCCCACUCUGACCCCACCUGCCCAGUCCCCACCGUGCUGUGUCACCCAAGAACAACCAUGUGAGUUUCAGUACAAGACAAAGCAGAAAGUGGUGAUCUCUCCAACGCUCCAAAGGGGCCUGAACCCCUUGGCCAAGACCCAGAUCCCAGCCCUAGAGCCUUGGCCAGUCCAGGCCACAUCAGUCCAGACACCCUUUGUGCAAUCUACAGCAGCCCUCAGCCCACCAACUCUGAUCCAGGUAGCUCCAGAGUGUCCCUCAGCAAUUCCUGCAGUCUCAGCCCAGCUGGUUGCAGUCAGGACGUGCAUUGCUGCCAUGGAGGAGGAUGUUCCAAAUCCGCAGAAUGAUUUGCUGUCAGCGGAAUCUGUCCAGACGUCCACAGUGCAGACCCUGCCAGUCAAAUCUGCACCAGUGCAGCAGCUUCAAUCAUCCAGGGCAACCCUAGAAGAGGAAAAGGCCGAUCAGGGCACACUGAGCUCCUCCAUGGAGGAGACCAGGGCAAAGGACAUCGCCAAAGGUAUCGAGGCGGCCGAUCUGAUGAGUUUGUUGGAACAGUUUGAAGUCAACGAGGUGACAGAGGAGCCACCCCUUGGAAACAGCAGUGGGUCGGAGGAAGAGAGGAAACAAUUUGAUCACUUAUUUGGGGCGGAAUUGGCAAGUACUGCAGGUUUGACACCUCCAGCAACCCCGCCUCACCAGAUUUGGAAAUCACUCCCCGCAGCAGGAUUUCUGGGGAAGCGGAAGUUUCAGGGAUCAGCUGAGCCUUCCCCAGGUUCUCAGUUCAGGACUGUGAAGCUCAUUGAACCGAAACGUCUGCCACAGAAUAACCGGUCGAAGUGUUUGAGCAGUGAGAGUCUGCAGCCUGCCACCAAGACAUCGCUCACUGCCUCCUUCGGCUUUGGGGAUCAUGUAUAUUGUUUACCCAGAUUUAGCAGCCAGUCAUCAUCACACAACAUCUGUCUGCCAGUCAUGGCCCAGCCAGAUGUUGCCUGCCGCUGGAACGUUAAACACCAAGCAAGUAUUACCAUUAAACCCAUUACCUCAUGGAAUCGUCAAUGUUGGAGCCCCACUCACCGGGUCCUGACAGCUGAAGAACAACAAGCGUCUGAUCCUGGCAGUGAUGGGAACACAACAGAUUCCCAGGAAACAACGCAGGAAGACCGGGUGUCCUCUAGCACUCUUCCUAAUGGAACUACGAGCGUGGAACCUGAUAGCUGCUUGCAGGACAGAAGGAACGUUGGAUGUGACACCACCCUGGGGCUCAAGGGAGGCAGCUGUGCAAUGCUAUCUCCCUGUAGAAAUGGAGAGACUGAGGGGGACAAACCCUUCGAUUCUCCCCAUCGUUGUUCAAGGACUCGGACCUCCACACGCUACAGACGACAGCGAUAUCACAGCUCCUCCAGCUCCACGUCCCGGUCCAGAUCCCAUUCCCCUGUACAGAAGAGGAGACGAUACUGCAGGAGGCGAUCCCGUCAUUCCCGACACAGUUCACGAUCAGAUUCCAGAUCCAGCUCACGUUCCAAAUCGUGUUCUAGAUCCAAUUCAAGAUCUGACUCUGGAUCCAGGUCCAGAUCCUCGCGAAGGCGCAGUGUUCGAAUGAGCUAUUUCACAGAUGCUUAUGAUUCAUACACUGAAGAACCGAGAAAUCAAUAUUCAAGACAAGAAGCUCGUGCACAGAAGAGUAACCGGAGGGAGCUCGCUAUAGAGGAACGGCGGGUUGUUUAUGUGGGGAAAAUCCGGAACGGAAUGAUGCGUGAGGAACUGAGGAGACGAUUUGAGGUGUUUGGAGAAAUUGAGGAUUGCAACAUUUAUUUCAGAAAUGAAGGAGAUAACUACGGGUUUGUCACAUACCGUUACACGUGUGAUGCCUUUGCUGCUAUUGAGAAUGGCCAGACAUUACGCAAGCCUGAUGAGUUGCCCUUUGACCUCUGUUUUGGUGGCCGGCGACAGUUUUGUAAAACCAAUUAUGCAGAUCUAGAUUCCAGUCAUGCGGACUUCAAUUCUUAUUCAACCAAAAGCAAGUUUGACUCUUUAGACUUUGACACUUUACUAAAACAGGCCAAACGGAGUCUUCGGAGGUGACAGCAGCGACAGUGGAGGAGGGGAAGGAGUGUGGGGAGGGUCGAGUCCGAGGGGACUGCAUGUCUCCUGUUUACAUGCUGCUACUGGAUCAGAUUAAGAUUUAUAUAAACUCUGGGCAGGUGUGUGAAUGACAGACUACAAGUGGUAACUUGCAUUUCUUGACCAACUGUGUGUGAAGCUGUGUACACCUUCAGAGUGAAAAAAGAAGCCUCUUUUAACAAAUCUAAUAAAA